AUGAUGAAAAAACAUCUGAUUGCCAUUCUGCUGGUUUGGCAAUCGGCUACAACAUGUGGCUAUAGGAGUGCUCGUCUUCGUCGUCAGGUUAUUCCAUCUCAACACAUUCAAGUUCAUUCACUUGAGUCCUCAGUGCUCUUGCAAGAUUUGGUAGUUGUAGACUCUUCAGAGAAUCGUAUUGAUUUGGAUGAAGCGAAGGUAAAAGGAUCCAUCUGGUCGGACAAAUCUCUUCUUUCCUUUGACAGUCAAGAUACAUUUGUUAAUGUGUCUGCAGAGAAUGUCGAUUCGUUCUUUAACAUUCAGAACUGCGCUAUGCUUCAUGCUCAAGCUGGUGACACUGACUUUUUCAUGAGAAGCAAUAGAACUGAAGAUGGUAAUUCAGCCAUUACUCAGACUCUCAAUAAGAUGGCAAACUUUUCCAUUGUGGACGAAGGAUUGAAUGUUCAAGCUGUUGGUGGGCGCCGAGUUGAGUUAGAAGCUCAGUCAUGGGAAAGGAACAUUGAUAAGGAAAUGAGUCUCUCAUCAUUCACAAGUCCAAUGUUAGAAAAAAUUGUUCAACUCAAAGCUGUGGCUUCCCCUUACAACAUUGAGGCUAGGUUUUUCGGAUCAACCAUAUUUAUAUCAUUUGCUGAUAAAGUCAUCAGGAUUGAUCCGCUUACUAAAAACAUCAUAAUCUUCACUGACAAGUUUACAGUAGAAGUUCGUGUGAAUGAGACAGACUACGGAGUUACCAUGAACCCCAGAGAAGUCGUAGUAGCUUUACCAAUGGAAGAGACAACUGUUUGCAUUGACUUAUCUGGAGUUACCGUGCAAGCUCGUAAACUAGCCAAAACAACUAUUGAGAGAAAUGGUGGAGAAAUGAACGUGGGAGGUCUCUUUACUAAUGCUGACUCAGUUCAGAUAAAUUCUCUUUCUACUGAGCUCACUCUCACAAACGAGGGCAAAACUACUGCGGAAGCUCUUAAUUCGGAGAUGAUGAUGUCUAACCCAUUGCAGAAAAUUCAUUUGGCAUCUGCUCAUCACCGUCUUGGGAUAAAUGGUGGAGUACCUCAUAUAUUCAUCGAGCCCGGGUACAUAUGUGUUGACAUCAAAGCAAACCAUGGAAUGCCCCACUUUAUGAAUAUCAUGCCUCCAUUCAUAGCUCCAGAAGACAAAUUUGUCAACAUUGGACCGUUCGGAGUACUAUCAGCAGUGAAUGAUAUGAAUGCACCCCCAUCACCAGUUUUUGCAUCACCACCAAUGAACUUAGAACCACACGAUAUGCAAGUAGCUCCACCUCCACUUCCCGUUUCUUCUUUUCAACGAAAAGUAGUACCAGAUUUUGAAUUGUUCAAAGGGAUGGCUGCUGAUUUACCCCAACAAAAACCCCCAACUUUGUCAAAUAUCACCUCACCUCUCGAGACUGCUACUCGCAGCACUGAUAACUCCUCCACAGCAGCUCCAGUCACUACAGCAGCUCCAAAAAGGAAAGUGACUAUUGAUAUGGCUUUACUUCACAAAUUCGCCGCUGAUUUACCGCAAAACAGAACAGCUACGAAUCAAACAGUUGAAACUAUGAUUGAAACAACAACCUUACCAUCAACAUCUGCUGCAACUACAAUAUCGACGACAGCCGCAGCAAAAACAACCAUGGCCCCUGAAACAUCCACAGUUAAGACAACAACGGAGAUUCCGCAAACGACAACAUUAACGACAACUCAAUCAACAACUACUUCAACUGUAUCAACUACCUUGAGCACUACAACAUCUACAACGACAACAACAACUGAAGAACCUACGACAAGCAUAUCAACUACAACAACUCAACUCCAACCAACAAAACCAGUCAAAAAGAAUAAAAUAACAGUGAAAACGGAAGAUGAUAACACUACGCACUUGUCGAAUGAGACAAACACUAUAACUGAGGACAUAUCCAACCAGCCAAUAACAACAUUGCCACCACAAACUACAACUGUCCCUCCAACCACCAGUUCUGACCCUAUUGCUGAGUUAGCAAAGCUGAGAGCCGAACUUAAACGUAUUGAGACUCUUCGAGAAUGGGAAGAACAACAAGUAUCUCAAGAUCAUGAUGGAGAUGAGCAACUAGAGGAAUUCACGUAUCCAAACGGUACCACAGUUCAAAGAAGAAUAAAAACUAGGAGAAAGAUUGUUACAACAGUCACACAUAGACAUAAGCAAAGAAUAGACGAAAAUGGUAAAGUUACCAACUUAACUCCUGAUACUUCAUCAGCUCAGAAUCAUACGGUUGUUAGAAAAUUAGAACCAAAGGCUAUUCUCAAAUCAGAAAUGAAGUUGACAACCAAUUCUUCAAUAGCACCUAGCACGAUUAAAACUAACGAGUCUACGACUGGGAAAACCCGGACAACUCUAACAACUCUACUGUUCCCUAGAGGAGAGACAACAAUGGGAACAGCACAAAUGACUACAGUAUCAUCUACGACUCCUACAUCUACUAGUGAUCCAACAAUAACAGUAACAACAGUGACGACACCAACUACAUCAUCAACACCAAUAACACCAACGACAGCUACAACAGCAAACAAUGAGCUACUUGAACAGUUAUCCUCAACUACACAAAAAGAUGACUUCAUUGUAACUCAAUAUGGAGAAGACACCACAGAUAGCAAUGGCAAGAUCAAAGAUUACUCUAACUUCAACAACUAUGUUCGCCUGUAUUCCAAAAUAACAAUGAGUGAACCGCCACAAAAAGAAGAAAAAGAUAAAUCAGAUUUUCCCAAGCCGGAGAGUUUGAUCCAUUAUAGGCCGCACACAUCCGAAUCGCGCCAAAUUAGGAACCCUUUUUACAAACAAGAAAAUGUAGAUAAAUACGUCAUUCCAGGAUUUUUAAAGAAGAAUGGUCCAUUUGAUGGUUAUAAAACUGGUACUGAAGAAGAAUCACAAGAUGAUAAUACAUUUGAUUAUGUUGAUGCAAGCAACGAUAUCAUAUAUGCUCCCCAUAUCUAUACAUCCAAACUCUUCGGAUCAAAUGAAGAUAAGAAAUCAAAGCGCCUUUUCAUGGUCCGCCUAACCAUCCCAGACAAUGUUAAAAUCACCAAUGAUGAUAUUGUCAAACGUCUAGAUUUCAAUUUUCAACAUAUCUCUGAGUCGUUAUCUGAAAAAUUUUUAAACAGAGAACGCCGCGAAUCAAAAGAAAAAAAUCCAUACGAAAUAUCCAUGAUUGAAAUGCGCAAGAGAGCUGAUACUCUUAGCGUUGUAUUUGGAAUGGAUAAGAAUGUUGUCGAAAAUGAGGUUCUCAAAGAAAUUGCCCUAUCUCAUCGCUUCUCUUUUCAACCAUUCGAGGUACUUUUAUUUGCGGAAAAUGUUGCACCCGUCAACACUUCUAUGCGAGGAUUUGUUUUAUGCAGCAUUUGCGCAAUUCUCUGUAUCUUCUACUAUGCAUGGAAGUCACACAGACGAGCAUCAAACUCUAGAUCUAAUAUUCCUCGUGUACCUUUGGAGGGUGAUGAAGAAGAAUAUGAUGAAGAUGGAGAAGAAGGCAACAUAGAAGAUGAUGACGAAGAAGAUGAACCCCAACAAUAA